CCUGCCAGUGGAAGUGUUGGUGGAAUUCGGUUCCGAUUUCAGCCCUGACUCCCCUUGCCCCGUUCUGGCUGCCAGCAGCUCCUCAGCAUCACACCGUGGUCAGGAACAUCUCAAUUCACUUUCAAACAUCCUCUUUCAGAUGUAGCCCUCUCUUUGUGUUCAAAACCCGCGCCCUCCCAGCGGGAUCACUUCUGUUUUAGGAGUUAGACUUGCUGGGGGAUUGCAUCAUGAGUGCGUCAGGCUGCUUGCACCGCCAGCAGGGAGGAAAGGCUGGGAACCGUCUGCCCCCUCCCAGCAGCUCUGGCAGGACAAGGACAGCUCUGGGCUCGGGGAAAUCCACCUCGGACCUGGCUGGGCUUGCUUACAAAGUACAAUCUGUCUCAAGUAGCCACGAUGAGGAGGAGACCUGGGAGCAGAAGAAAUGUUACAGAUGAAGCAGCUGAUUAAAGCCCUUCCUGUAUCUUCAGAAUGAUUUUUGUGGACAUGGGCUCCAUGGAACUCUGGUGAUCCCUGCUGCUCACACUUGUCACCAUGCUGGCAGAAGGCAUCCUAACGAGGCUCAUCUAUAAAGAAAGCUGUCAUCAAGAUAAGCCUCGAAAAUCUCCUGCAUCCCAAAAGGCUAAAGAGGGAAUCUGGAGACAGAAACUUGUAGACAUCCCAAAAAUUAAAGGCUUUGCUGAUGGAUGUGAGAAGCGGGAGGAGCUCUCUGCCAGAAGCAGCAAAGUGGAAGCCGGGAGCAGCCCCCGAUGGGGAUCCAUGGAAAAGGAGCCUGCAAAGGAUCAGGAAAUGCUGGUUAAAGGAACUGCAUCCCCAGCUGUACAUAUCCCCAAGAGAGGAGGGAGCCUAGACGAGGUGGAUUUGUACAGAUCCUGGCCAUGCCACAGCAUUUACCAGAACUACCCUGACCUGCAGAUCGGGGGGGACCGUGUGGGGGGCCACACGUGUGACUCGGGCUGCGUCCUGGACCACGUGUGUGAUGAGCUCCCUGAUGGGCCUGUCCUGCUCUCCAUAGACAUUCCCCUGGGUCAGUCCCCUCUGUGUGAGCAUCCCAAAAAGCCCAGUGGGAUGUCCCUGCCUGGAGAUGAAGCUGGAGAAAGGAGCCUCUUGCUCAGCGAGGAGCCCCUUUCCAACUCCACACUCAACAAGUACGUGGAAGCCAAAGUUGCAGAGCUCUACAAACAGUUCUUUGAAGAAAGCCUGGCCAGGUGUGGUUCCAUAACAAACCUCCUGACCUGCAGCUGGAUAAGGAACAGCCUGGACCAGAUAAGUGUUCAGAUCUCCCAGGAGCAGAACAUAGAAACCUCCAAAGCCAGAGGAGCCCUCUUGCACUCGUUGGCUUUGUUCAGCUCCCGCAACACUCCCAACAGGAACAGCUCUGAGUUCAGCACCCCAAACCUCCAAAUCUCCAACACAGGGGCUGCAAAAUGGAGCUGCAGGAUGGAAUUCACAUCCUGACUGAGCUGCUCAGCUCAGGAGAGGGAUGGGAUUCAGGUAUGAACGAUUCACUUCAAGGAUUAGGUUGGGAAAUGGAAACAUUUGCACACUACACUUGUUCUAAUUAAUAUUUCAAGUCUUAAACCCCUUUGGUUGCAGGACAAGUAAAGGUCAAUGUUUUCUGUUUUCUAAUGGAGAAUUUGAAGUUAAUUAUUCUCCAAAAUACUGGUUAAUUAUGUUUUUAUAAUAUAUAUAGAAUCAUAGAAUUGUUGAAGUUGGAAAUGACCACUAAGAUCAUCAAGUCCAACCAUCAACCCAGCACCACUAAAUCAUGUCCUCAAGUGCCACAUCCACACAUAAAAACAUUAAUUUUCUGCAAAAUCAGCAAGCAAAGAUGACUGCAGCAUUCCUGAAGAAAUAGUGCAAGAUUCCUUCAUAUUCAUUUGGAAAUUUAAAUGCAGAUUUUCAUAUGGAAAUACUGCUGUUUAGCACUGAAACAAAUUUUCUCCCUUUGCUUCUCAGCAAAUAUUUCAGAUGGAAAUUAUUCAUUAUGUCACCACUGUAAAAUGAUAGAUGAAUUAGACUGUUACCUGCUCUGCAGAAGUUUUUUUUUUCCAA